GUAGGCUGACUUAGUUUCAGAAUGUACUUCUUUUUCUUCGUUAUUCGACGGGCGCAUUAUAAUUGGUACACGGCAAAUACCAAAUCGAGAAUUCGGAUUAUUGCUACCGGAAUUUUCACAAUCGGCGUAAUAGUGAUUACAUAUAUUCAGUGCCGUGCAAUGGUGAGGGAAUCCUUUCAGAAGAACAUACAAUUGGAAGACAAUUCAUUGAACGAUAUGAAUCCUGGCGAUAUGCGGGCGAAGAUAAAAGAGAUGAUGAUGCACGCCUGGCGAAACUAUGCUCGCGUUGUUUGGGGCACCAACGAGUUUCGCCCGAUUUCCCGUCGUGCCCAUUUUGGUGGCGACUUCGCAACCUACAAACUCGGUGCCACUAUCAUAGAGAGCUUGGACACUUUGCAUUUGAUGGGUCUGGACAAAGAGUUGAGGCGUUCUCGGGAUUGGAUCGAGAAGUCAUUCAGUUUGGACCGGGUUGAUGAAGCGUUGUCCGUUUAUGAACUGACGUCCAGGCUGCUCUGUCCCAUGCUCACCCUAUACUCCCUCACCGGGGAUUCCCUUUACAUGGACAAGGCCAUCCAUAUUGCCGAUAAGAUCCUGCCUGCCUUCGAAACGCCAACUGGUAUACCCAGACGCCUAGUGGUCCCAAAAGAAGGCAGCACCCUCACGAGGUACUUAAGUGAUAUAUCCCGCACUUCUGAAUUUGGCUCUCUGCACCUGGAGUUCUACUACCUCAGUGAAGUCUCUGGAUAUCCGGUUUACAAGGAGCGAGUGGAUGCUAUCCGGCAGAUAUUAGCUAAAACAACCAGACCCAAUGGCCUUUAUCCCAAUGCCUAUAGCACAAAAUUUGGUAAGUGGGAAAAGUACAACUGCUCCAUGCACCGACUUUAUGAUACCAUGCUAAAGUCAUGGAUUCAGUCCGGGAGAACUGAUACUCAAAGUGCUGAUACCUUCAAAGAAGCCAUGCUUGCUGUGGCUCAAAAUCUGGUUGUCAUUAGUUCCGAGGACGUGACCUACGUGUCCACGUUCAGGAAUGGCACUCUUUUCCAUCGUAUGAGGUACUCCGAUUGCUUUGCCGGCGGCCUUUUUGUCCUGGGAGCAGCAGAAACCCAAAUGAGGCACUGGGAAAAGUAUGCCCAUAUUGGCGUAGGCCUCACAGAUACUUGCCACGAUAGCUGCUGGAGUUCUUCCACUCGACUGGGUCCGGAUACGUUUGCCUUCACGGAGGAAAGCCAGCAGGAAAUAGAGCCGCUCCAGAGGAACUUUUUCAAUUUAAGGCCGGAAGUCGCGGAAACCUACUUAGUUCUGUGGCGAAUGACCCAUCAUCCACAGUACCGCUUGUGGGGAUUGGAGAUGGUGCAGGCGAUAGAGAAGUACUGCCGAAAGCCCUACGGAUAUACUGGUGUGAUGGACGUUAACAACGUUACUUCGGAGUCGGAUGACGUGCAAAGGUCCUUCUUCUUGGGCGCCACUCUGAAGUACUUGUACCUGCUCUUCUCCGACGACGACGUGGUUUCACUGGAGCAGUGGGUCUUCAACAGUGCAGGCCAUUUCCUGCCCAUCAAGGGGGUGAACCCAAUGUAUCGUCAGCAUAACUCAUCGGACUAAACAUUAGCCAA